GUCCCAGUUUCCAAAAUGGGUUUUUCUCACAUCAUCCGUUUUCGACGCCCUUUUUCUCGUAAUCUUCAUCUCCAUAAAACCAUUUUCAUCAAUCAAUUGAUCGCGAAACCUUUCUCUUCAAGCACACCCACCUCAGAUGAAAGAAAUCCGAAACCAACGUCCCUUUCUGCGCGCAUGAGCUUUGUGUUUGACCAAAUAGACGCCAUUGAGAAAGAACGUUCCCAGAAAGACGAAACCCUACAACGAAUUCGUGCCUGGCGUGAAUCCAAGAAAGAAAAGCAACCCACCAUCGAACAAGAAGAGAGUGUGAAUGUGGCGGUUUCUGGGGUUAAGGAGAAAGGGUUUUUGACUAAGGGAGUGGAGUUGGUGCAUCCCUGGCCAGAAUGGAUUGAAUUGAUGGAGAGGUUGGUUCAGCAGAACUAUUUUGAUUGUAGGAGGAAGGAUGAAGGUAAAGUUAUUUCGGAUUCAGGGUUCGGUGAUGUUGAUGCUGGUGAUGGUAUUAUGGCGGAAAUAUUGGAGGAAGGUUUUGAUUUCACUAGAGAUUGGAAGACGGUUCAGACUGCUGGUCUCAAUUUUGGCAAAGAUAGGUUUGAUAUCUUGAGGAUGGGAAUUUAUUUCAGGUCACUAUCGAGACAGGAUAUACAACUUUUAGUUGGGUAUGGAUGCCCUAGUGCAGACAAGAAGGUUGUGUUCUCUGCAAAGUUGUUGAGGAAACAUGUUCAUCUUGAUGAAGGAGAUGUUUGUAGUUCAUGCAGUUUAAGGAGCUCUUGUGAACGUGCAUAUUUGAUCACGAAUAAAGAAGAUGAGGCAAGAACCAUCGACAUUAUGCGUGUUCUGAUGACAUAUGGCUUUGAUCCCAUAAAUGGCUCAGUUGUCAAUGACUCACUUUUGAAGAAAAAACCAGUGAAGACUGCAGUACGCAAAUUACUUCAUGAAGUGGUCAAAUUGAGUGGAAUUCCAAUAGAUCCGAACCUUCCCCCACCUAUCAUCAAACGGCCACCUCCCAAGGUCAAGCAGACACCUCCUCCUCCAAAGAAACGAGUUGGUCGUGAUGAUGUUGAGAUGAAAAAGGGUGACUGGCUUUGUCCAAAGUGUGACUUCAUGAAUUUUGCAAAGAACACUGUGUGUUUGCAAUGUGAUGCCAAGCGUCCAAAGAGACAACUGCUUCCAGGCGAAUGGGAAUGCCCGGAGUGUAAAUUCUUGAAUUACAGGAGGAAUAUGGCAUGUUUCGAAUGCGAAUGCAAGCGGCCACCAGAUGAAUUUACCGAAAAUCAAAUGCAAGAGAGGCAGCGUGGUCCAAGGACGAGACUGGACAACGUUCCUAGCCGGAAAGAGGUUUCUGAUGCAUGGAACUUCGAUUUCGAUGAAAAUGAAUCUGAUGGUGCUGAAGUUGCUGCUUUUGAGUAUGCAGAUUCUCGAAAACUAGAUGAAGAUUUUCCAUCAACUAGACAAAGGGAUGAAGAACGAUAUGAGGACAAUACCUUUCACAACAGGAGGCCUGUAAGGCCUCAGGAAACAGAAUACUCGGCUUCUGGUCCCACUAGACCAGGAGUUGGUUUUGAUGAUUUUGAUGAUGAGGAAGAAGAUGAUGUCAAUAGUUACGAGUUAGAUACAAACCAAAACCAGAAUCGAAUACCCAAGAGUUCUUCAGUUAACUUUUCUGAUCUUGAUGUUGAUUCCGAGUCUGAAGAUGAUGAACCCACCAAUGAAAUUUGGAAUGAUCGCCGGCCAGUUUCUUCUCGGAGUGUAAGGGCGUCAUCAAAACCUCUUAGCCGGAAAUCUGCAUUUUCUGAGGAUGAUGGUGUUGAUUUUAAUUCGGAUGAUGAUCUACCCGUUCAUCCAAACUGGAAAUCUAGUCAUGUAGCUGAUUAUAGACAGAAAAGUAGAAGCAGAAUGGGGAAUAAAUUUGGUUCAGAUGAAGAUUCCGAUCUCAGUUCUGGUUCUGAAGAUUUGAGUGACGAUGAUUUCCCACCUAAACACAAGGGACGGAGGAAUUCAAAUCGUAAAGCCAAAGAUGAGUUUGAGUUUUUUGAUGAAGGCAAAGAUAGAUCAAGACGUAAAAAUGCAAUUCCUGAUAGAAGAAAAAGUCCUGCAAGGGGUUUCAACAGAAAUGAUUCCUAUGAGGUUGAUUCGAACCGAAGAUCCAAUAAGGGUCAAGGUUCAGGAGCAUAUGACAGGCACAGAAAUGGCUCCUAUGAGGGUGGUACACAUGAUUUUAAAAGCCAUAGACGAGACAACUUUGGUGAUAAACAGAAUCGAAGAUCAAAUAACGUUCGUGGUUCUUCAGGUACAGGUACAAGUGCAGGUGGUGAUAGUUACCUAGAUGAUGAAAGAUUUAGAAGGCCGAGGGUGAACGUUAGGUGAUUGAGACACUGCCAACAACAAACGAAUUUGUGGUUCAGGGGUUAUCGAUAACCGGAGGAACGAAACAUGAAGGAGAAAUGAUUAUCUAAGAUUUUGCGUUUAAAUUUUGAGUUGGGAAUGUUAGUGAUUCAUGUAUAUGUAUUUCAGAACUUUGUUCUUGGUUUUGUUAUGUUAUGGCUACCUUUAAUCAUAUACAAACAAAAGUAGAUGAUGUAUCAAAUACGUACUUUGCCUUUUGCGA